AUGGCUAGGUCUUAUAGAACCCCCGAAUAUGAAAGUAAGGUGGAACGCUUUCUGAGGGACCUACCUCCUUCCAACAGAUACACCUACGAAAGGAAAGAGCAACUCCAGGAAAUCCGACAAAUCGAAUAUCAUCGUCUCGAAAGCUCUCAUGCUGAUACCGAAAUUUCUGAAUACUUUGUCAUUGUUGACAUUAGUCCCUUUUCUUUCAAGCAAGCCUUCUUGAUAUUCGAUCCCAUCAAAGGUGUCCGCUUGUUUUACGACCCAGAACUCCAUAUCCUGAUUCUCAGAAUGAUCAGACCCGAGCAUGCUCAGGCUGCUAUCACUUUACACGAGGUUGUCACAGAAACCAUUCGACCAAUGGGGCUGUUUCAAGCAGUUCAAACGUAUGGAGGAGUAUCCGUUAACGUCGGCCAUGGAAAGCAAAAAGAGCCAGAUAUGGGCUGGGGCGCAAUGCGUCCUCCUCGUGGUGUACCCAAAAGACCUGGGGUUGUCCUCGAAGUCGGACUUACGGAGCCUGAAACACAACUGCGCAAUGAUGCAAGAAUGUGGGUGGAUCCUGCGAGAGGUGGGACCAAGAUGACUCUCACGGCGAAAAUCAACCGUCGUAAGCCCGAACUAAAGCUCGACGCCUGGGAAUGGAACUCCGAUCUGCAAUGUGCUCGGGUCACGCAGUCAACUGUUAUCGCGAAGACCGGCAAUAAUAUCGCCGUCUCCCAAUCUCCACUUACAAUACCCUUUCACUAUAUCUUCCAACGAUCACCGGAACAUCCUAGGGAGAUUGAUAUUAAACUGGCCAAGCAGCAGCUCAUUGUCUGGGCAACUUUGGUGUGGGGUUCCCAAGAUAUGUAA